CGUGCGAGUGUACCGCUCUCUCUCUCUCUUUCUCUCUCUCUCAGAGUAGUCGAAGGUCCAGCUCUCUAAGGAUCUUUCACCUGUUGUCUCCCGCGUAUCGCUCACUCUCUUUCAUUCUAUCCGUCUCUCGACGUCCGCUCUCGGUUCCGUUCGCAGAAUCGACAGUAAAACAUUACAGUUUAGUUUCACGCGAUUCAUUAUCGUGCGGGAUUGAGCGUUUUUUUUUUUUUUCAAGAGAAGGGUGGCUUUAUAUCUCCGCGUGUUGAUCGUCGCGUUUUUCGGUGCUCCGUAGUGACGAUCCUCAUCGAUCCGCGCUACUAGCUAUAUACCGGUGCUGAAUGGUAACCGCGAUUACGGCGGCCCAUUUCGCGACGAAACAGAAUCAAUCAGCGGCAGGUGCAUCUAAGGAUCAAGCUCGAAAAGGAAAUUCAACGAUGUCGUCCAACAUGACGACGCGGAAGCUACGAUAAGCGGUGACGAGGCACCAGAAUCCUGCAUGCGAGUACCCAGAGCUGAAGUAUUCGGGCUCCUCGGUGGAGCGCUGACCUCUGAUAACAUCAUCAGGAAGGACUCGCCUUGCCCUACGACGACGCACGCAGGGCAACUGCAUUCGCCGAACGGCGACAGCGACAACAGCAACGGUAGCCAGCGUGCGGUGGCUGUUACUCGUAGCGAGGUAGAACAACAGCAGCAGCAACAACAGCAGCAGCAACAACUACAUCGCCCACGACAGCAGCAACGUCAAGCGACCGCUACCGUUCCGGUUCUCGCUUGCACUAAUCAAUCGUCCAUCACCACGACUACGACCGCCCUCACAGUGGCAUCAAGCAUGCUACUUUUGCAGACACAGAGUCCCUUUGGCAAUUUCGGGGAGUUCCUGAAUAGCUCAUAUCCAGACGCUGCGGAUGCUGGAAGCUUACCCGAGGAGUUGGAUCCCUUUCCGGAACUGCAACUCGGGAAUCCGCAAGGCGUGCCUCCGGUCGACAACUCUGUUCCGUCUCAACAAAGUGUACAUCAUCAGCAGCCAUCGCAACCGCCACCACCACCGCCACCCCUCCCCGAAGAUAUUCAAGCUGAUUCUCUUAGUAUCCUUGUUUACAGUCCUACGCCGUUACCGAGCUUCCAGGAGACCUACACGCAACGAUAUACCAGGCAGGAACUCCAAAGUCUCGGUCUUAAGAUGGACGAAUGCUACGACACUCCGGUAUAUUGUACCACUACUCAUUAUCCGACUGAGUUCUCGGCCGCGGUGCCCUAUCACGAGCAGCAGCCACAACAGCAGCAUCCUCAUCAUCACCCGCAGCAUCAUCAGCAGGCCCCGCAUCAUCAUCAAAGUUACUUCCCCACGGAAUCGGCGCCCACCCCGGCAACGACGGUUGUACCGGUUGUACCCUCCAAUCAUCGGCAGGACCCAUCCUACGGAGUGACUGUCGCCAUGCCUAUAGUUUACGGGGCACCAUCAGUUAUCGCCGUCGCCACUCCCGUAGUUCCUACCGAUCUCUGUCCCACUGUUGUCACCAGCGUCGAUUCCAGCGUCAUUGGUACUACUCGGCCGCGAAGGGCGUCAUUGCCCACACAGAGAUCAGAAUCAGCAAGUAGUGGGAGCACGGAUUCCCCGAAGCCGCGCGGCGGCGGCGGUACCGCGAGUUCCACUGUCAGUUCACCAUCGCCCGGAAGCGGUACCAGUGGCGAACGUGCACCUCCGAGCCCGAGCCAGCUCUGCGCUGUAUGCGGUGACACCGCGGCCUGUCAGCACUACGGUGUACGCACAUGCGAGGGCUGCAAGGGUUUCUUCAAGAGGACCGUGCAAAAGGGCUCCAAAUAUGUGUGCUUGGCCGAGAAGGCUUGCCCAGUAGACAAACGCCGGCGAAAUCGUUGCCAGUUCUGCCGAUUCCAGAAGUGCCUGAUGGUUGGCAUGGUCAAGGAGGUCGUUAGAACAGAUUCUCUGAAGGGCCGUCGAGGCAGGUUGCCCUCAAAGCCCAAGUCACCGCAAGAAUCCCCACCGAGUCCACCGGUCUCUUUGAUUACCGCUCUGGUUCGCGCCCAUCUUGACACAACGCCGGACAAGGCAAGUUUGGAUUACUCACAGUACCGACAACCUAGGCCGGGUGAUCCACCAAUAACCGAGGCCGAGAAGAUUCAACAGUUCUACAAUUUAUUGACAACCUCGAUCGAUGUUAUCCGAAAUUUCGCCGACAAAAUCCCCGGAUUCACGGAUCUAGUGCGGGAAGAUCAGGAAUUGCUCUUCCAAUCGGCCAGUCUAGAACUGUUUGUGCUCAGGCUGGCGUACCGCACGCACCCGGACGACACGAAGCUGGUCUUCUGCAACGGCGUUGUCCUCGCGUUGGAGCAGUGUCAGCGUAGUUUCGGCGAUUGGCUGCAUAGCAUUCUUGACUUUUGCAAAGCCCUCCACUUCCUGGAGGUCGAUAUCAGCGCCUUCGCCUGUCUGUGCGCUCUCACCCUGGUUACUGAAAGGUACGGAUUGAAGGAACCGCAGCGCAUGGAACAGUUGCAGAUGAAAAUUGUCUCGUCCUUGCGCGACCACGUGACCUAUAAUGCCGAGGCGCAGAGGAAGUCGCAGUACCUGUCGUACCUAUUGGGAAAGAUACCGGAGCUGAGGAGUCUCUCGGUCCAAGGCCUCCAGCGGAUCUUCUACCUCAAGCUGGAGGACCUGGUGCCGGCGCCACCCCUGAUCGAGACGAUGUUUGUCGGUAGCUUGCCCUUCUAAACCGAGCAGCCUCGCCAGCACAUAGAGCAAUUAUUUUCUCAGACCCAUGCGGUUGCGUUAUCUUCGUUCUGAUUGCAUCCUUCUUAGUUUGUAUUACACGUAGCUUUAUUCUCUUCUUGCGUGUAACCUCGCGCGAUCCCGCGGGUACGUUCGAUUCUCGACGACGUUCUUGAUGACGUCCUCUCUCUGCAAAGGAUAAUCCUGGAAGAGCUCGUCGAGCGGAAAGAGCGAGGAGAGCCAUUACUGGUCGUACGAGCGAGCGCGGACGGAAGCUGUCCGCGCGAACGCAGACACUAAAUUUAAGGGAAAGUUUAUUGUACGUAUGUAUGAACGAAUGAAUAAUGUAUAUGUGUGAGCGUGUAAACGGAUGUAUGCAUCACGUGCGAACGUAAGUGUACAGAGUGUCUUGUAGGUCUCUGCAUGCACGACGUGUCGGGUGGCGGGUGUCACACAUCGCCGUUAUACUAUUAGUAGUAUAAGUGCACUACUAUAGUCGCUGUUGUUGUGCUGCUGCUGCUGCUGGAGAGCGGAUCGGCGCGAGAUGACAGAAACACGAGCGGAUAAAGAAAGCGGGCACGAGGCGGGCCGCGGCGAUUUCGCUAUUCUCCCUUCUAGCUGUAGUAGAUUUCGUGCGAACUUGGAUGGACAGGGAGAGAUACCUCUUUCUCUCUUUCUCGCAGGAAGGCUCUUCGCGCGAAUUUUUCUCACUUUUCUACCUAGUUUGUACGAGGCUCUCCGUGCUCUCGCGCUCGGCUCGCCUCGUCGCUCCCACGGCCAACGCACGCGACCCGCCACUUCUUGGACACACGUAGUAUCUUUGGCAAUACCUUGCCCGUCGCGGGGGAACGCAUCGGCGAUUCGCAACAUAUCAGAGCAACGACGGGAAGGGCGAAUAACGCCCGUCCGUCUUAAUAGUAAAUAUAGGACGUGACUGUCGGUCGCGCUCUCGAUAGCUGGACGAUGCCGAGUGCAGAUCGAUUGCUUGUUCGUACGCAUGGCAAGAAUCGAUGCAAUUCUAUGUUACAUCAAGUUAAAUGUAUUCUUUUAUUUGUUCUUCGUUAUUUUAUAUCGUGGACAUACUUAUCUGUCCCUGAUGACGUGCGCUUUGAAGUCUCGAGACAAAUAUGAUUGAGCGGAAUGAAGAAUAUCGAAAAACUCGAUGGUGGAAAUUGAAAUACAAGCGAAAGCUGUGAGUUCACGUGCAUUUAAAAAGCUGCAGGGUUGCAAUAUGCGUCCCUCGGGUAUCUGUGCUAAUGGAAAAUGAGUUUAGGAGUGGCGCUAUUAUUUUAUGAGUUUAUGGUAAAUCGUAGAAAAGUUAAUAAUCAUUCGACUAGAUACAUUUCGAUACAUAGUAUUUUUAUACAUAACUAUUUACACGUUUUAGAUAUGCGCAUCAUUUUUAAUAACAAUUGAGCAAGUGCUUCAGAUAUCAGUUAUCUCAAACCGUAAAUAUUUACCAGGCAUUUUUACCAAGUAUUUUACAAGUAGAUACACUUAAAAAAUAAUUUAAAAUAGUCUCGUUAAAAAUAAUUGAUCAGAAAUCGUAGUUCAAGUAGAAUGAGUUAGCACAUUUUUUUUAAUUUUAAUUGUAUAUUUUGAUAUCGAGAACGGAGUAGCGCGUAUAAGUGAGAAUUUCAAGUCCGCAGCCUCGCAACGCAGUUUAUAUAUUUUCACCAUGAGAUUUUCGCAGAUUCCAUGCAGUGAUUACCGCGAUUCGUAGAGUUCUUUUUUCCUCUCGUAACGCACUCGUAAACGAGCUCGGCAUUGUCAAUGCUGUUCGAGCGCCGUCCGAAGCGCAUGGUCGAUAUCAGUCGACUCUUUACCACUAUUCUUGCGUUUAUGUGAUUUUAGAGAGCUAAGGCGAACAAUCACGGGCUCGCCUCGUUUGGAAAAGUGAGAAAAAAUUUUUAAUUCAGCACGAGACAGCGAGGCGGGCCCGGCUUAAAGUUACCUAUUACGUUAUGACAUUUACUUUUUUAAUCAAACUAACGUAGAGUGUCCUAUUUAUAUACGUAUAACGCGCCGCUACUACUACUUAACUACUACAACUACUACUUUACUAUACCGUUAUACUUAUUACUACUCAUUGAUAGCGUUACUAUUCUAUGGCGUUACUACCACUACUACCACUGUUACCAGCGCUACCUUUACUACCACCUUGUGUUACCAUUGUCUCGCUACAGUAAACUUCGCCGUCGUUGUCGUCGUCGUUAAAAUGCCCCUUAACGCACUAGUAUCCUACAAUCGACGCGAUAGACGGCAGAGGAUGCUGAUCGAGGCUUUCAAACAGGCGUCCUCGCCGCCAGGAUUACCGCAGUCGACAUGCAUCUCUGUUUUUUGAUGUAUAUCUUAAUAUUUUAUCCACGUUUAAGUACGUAAGAUAAAGUAAGAUUGCAUAUAGGGAAUAACUUCGCAUUGAAGUGAAAAGAGAUUUCACGAUUAUUUUUCACCUACACACACAC